CACAACGUUUUUCCCUCUCGACGUCUAGGCAAAGAAACAGUAGAUUUAUCCGUUUUAAGUCAAUAUCGCUAGCUAACUGACAAAGGGGGUUGCGGUUGUUUAGCGUAGUGGAGCUUAAUAGAAGAAUUUCUUGACUGUGUGGUUUUCUUGUGACAUCCCGGACCGGAAAAGAGCCGUUUCCCCCCCGACAGCUGGUUUGCGGAUUGCCCCCCUAUUUGCACUUGAAGUUGUGUGAGCCGGCUGAGAUGAGCGGUCCAGAGGUGGCCAAGACUCCUGGAGGAGGAGGAGCUCCGGGCAAGGAGGGAAAGGAGCCAGUGGCCAACGGGCAUGCGGGAGAGGGCAACGACACCAAUCCAUUCGCUGAGUACAUGUGGAUGGAGAAUGAAGAGGAGUAUAACAGACAGGUGGAAGAGGAGCUGUUGGAGCAAGAGUUCCUGGAGCGCUGCUUCCAGGAGAUGCUGGAGGAGGAGGACCAGGAUUGGUUCAUCCCUUCACGUGACCUCAACAAUCAGGGGGUGGGGCAGCUGCAGCAGCAGCUCAACGGCCUGUCUGUUAGCGAUCACCACAGCAACCUGGAGGAAGUUGCGAGGAAGAGCAUCUUGAAUCCCGAAGCGAAGGAGUUCGUCCCGGGGAAGAAAUACUAGGAGUCCCCCUCACCCCCAUGGAGCCUCCACGCGCACACUCACACACACGCAACCACACACACACACAAGUCCUCUCGUAUUCUCAGAGACUCUGGCGGCCACGACCGCGCACACACUGAUUCUCUCCCACACACGUACACACAUAUACCUACACACUUGAAGUCAUUGGCGUGCUGGCAGGCCCAGUUGGGGGGUGGGGGGAUUUCUUUUUCUUUUCCUUUUUUGUUUCUUUAAUCUUUUUAUUUCCUGUUUGUUUCUUGUAAACUGAGGGACAUUGGGAACAGGGGUGGGGGAUGGAUGUAAUACCAGCACCGCCCUACUGCGGGCGUUAGCUCAUCAUUGCAUUUCAGAUGACACUGUUGACGUUUACAGAGCAUGCAGAUCUCAUUGAUGUCCCCUUGGAACUUAGGCAGCUACCAAGGAGUGAUGCCAGGACAAAACUUAAAUCUCAAACAUUGACUUGACUUGAAAAGUCACCUCACAUACGUGUUAAUUCGUGUGCCGUCAAAUUUGUAAAAACUACAUCGCCAGCAGGUUGAAGGUUUCCAAGACAGUGAGAUUAGAGAAUGACUAACAUUUCAGGGGACUUGAUGGGUUUCCGCCACUGCUCUGUAGAGUCACCACGGUCGGUCAAACCCGUCAACGUUUGCUCCUGUGAUGUCACCAGUUCCCUGUGACAUCACAGACCUUGCUCAUCUCGAAAUGCGGGUUCUUCUUUGUAUCUGCAGCGGCCACGUUCCAAACUAAAUACAGACCCCCACCCCCACCCCACCCACCCUGCAUGCUUGUAUUUGGAGGGAUCUUAACAGACAUGGACAGGUGUAAUCAUGGAUUUAAAUAUUAUUUUUCCCAAUUUAUGUGGAAGUCUGUGUUUAUGUAUUGUCGGUCUUAUUCGAAGAGAGGUGUUUUCCCAUUCAUACAUCAAGUUGAGGUUAUCAAGACAAAUAUAUAGAGAGGGGAAGGUCGGAGAUUUUUAAACCUUUAAAGAAACUUGCCAUCAUUUUUUGUUUGACUUCAUCCCUUAGUUCAGUUUGGAUUUACAGGGUGUAGUGAACAGUCUUGUUACAGGGGGAGUAUUUGGUCUGGAACAAUGCCACUGCCUCUUUCUGCUGGAACUGCUUUCGUUGUCCAGCAUCAGAUUAAGUGUCCAUAUCCAAAUCAGGUUUUCAGAUAGCCUCUCCUCCUCUUUUUUUUUCUUUGUUUUUUUUCUCCUUCAUGUUUUGAGGAUGAGGCAUUUUGUGUCUACUGGGUACAGGAACCUGUGGUGUCCAUUCAGUCCUGUUUGCAGGAGGGAAAUGUAAGGGGACAAUAUUGUCGUAGCCAAUUAGAAUAAAGCAGUAUGGAACACGUGGCUGACCAUAUGGUCUCUUUGCUGUUCUUCUCUUUGGAGGGUAACUUCUUUGAGAAAGUUCUUCUUUUUAACCAUAAAUCUGUGUUGUGGUCUGGCUUUCCCUGAAGCAUCGCCCCCCUUGGUGCAAAUAUAAUCUCCGUUAAAUUGUGAGCCAAUAGGAAAACGUAUUUGUGAAGAUGCUUUUUAGGAAACCCAGAUUUUUAUCAACAGUAAUCAUUAAUUAUUGAGUCAGUUUUUCUAGUUCUCAGCCAUCUUGGCUUGAAAAUGCAGAGGCAGUAUUGUCAUUAAGGAAAAUCUUGUGAUCUGAAAAUUUAACCUUUAUGCCACUGUUCAUUUGUGGUAUUAACCAUGACAAUAAUGUCUUGUGUAUUUGACUGUAUUAGUGUUAAGUAGACACUUGGGCACUUGUACUUCAUUGAAGUGUCUGACAGGUGAAAGCACUUCUUCACAUCCGUGCAGCUUUUCCGUUUUUUUUUUUCAGGCUAAGAAGUACUCUCGUGUGUUCUUAAUGCGUGCAGUAGUGACUCGGUUAAAAUGGAACUUCCUUGCACAGUGUUGGAUCACAGCUGUCGAUUGGCACCCUGGUGAAGCCAAUAGGAAUGUCCGCCAGGUGGAUUGUACAACAUGAAAUCAUUUUUGGUGAUUUUGUUUAGAUGAGUUAGACAGAAGUCGUUAAAAAAAAAGAAGUCCAGAAGACACAGAGUAUGAAUUUCAGUACAAAUAAAAAUAAUGAAAAAAGACAAAUAAAGUUGCUAAAGACAAA